AUGUUGCGGAAGGCUUAUGCGCGAGACCCGGACGCUGGUCUCAAAGGCCUCUCGCACUAUGAAAGACGACUGCCAAAAUGGCGAUACAUAUUGCGUCAGAAGCUGAUACCCAUCGUUCGGAAAGAGACGCCUUAUCUUGCCAAGAUACAAGAAACAUUGCGAUCGCCCUUCCUGGAUUCGUAUUUCGCUCUGACCGCGAACCUUGGCACUCACACGUUCUUCAUGACUGCUCUGCCAAUAUGCUUCUGGUGUGGAUAUCCCGAGCUCGGAGUGGCAUUGGUUCAUAUGCUUGCAGCCGGAGUGUACCUUAGCGGCUACGUGAAAGACCUUGUCUGCUUACCCAGACCGCUAUCACCGCCACUUCAGCGCAUUACCAUGUCAGGCUCAGCGGCCAUGGAGUAUGGCUUCCCCUCGACGCAUACGACGAAUGCCAUAUCUGUGGCUGUUUACUCCUUGCACAAGCUGUGGACAGCACAAGACCAAUACUCUUCACUGAGCUUCCGACUUCUCGCCCUGGCAUGCCUCUGCUACGGCACAUCAAUCAGCGUCGGCCGCAUGUACUGUGGAAUGCACGGCUUCUUCGAUGUUGUCUUCGGAGCUGUGCUCGGAGCCAUGAUUGCAGCCGGUCGCGUGGCAUUCGGGCACUCGUUUAACGUAUGGCUAGCCAGCGGAGAUUGGACAAGACCUGCAGUGACCGUUGCGCUUCUCAUACUUGCUGUACGCUUCCAUCCUGAGCCAGCUGACAAUUGUCCCUGCUACGACGACAGUGUGGCCUUCGUUGGAGUCGUGAUGGGUGUCAGCAUCGGCACUUGGCACUAUACCUCGCUCGCAGGCUCGGCCGAUCCGACUGCUGCGUUUGCAAUCAUGUAUGAAGCCGACAAUCGGGAUCCUUUGAAAGUUGCGGCCAGACUGGUCGGCGGCAUAGUGGUAAUAUUUGCCUGGCGAGCUAUCAUGAAACCACUUCUACUACGAGGACUUCCUCCAACCUUCCGCUUCAUUGCCCACUACGGGCUGAACAUGCCAAGGCGAUACUUUCUUCAAGCCAGGGACUACAACUCUGUGCCACCGCUCCGUCAGGACGACAAGAUCCUGCCGCCUGCGUCAGAGAUUCCGAGCAUGCUCGACUCCAUUCGAAGGCGAAAGAGAACAAUCUCUGUUGGUCCUCAGUCUGAAGCGGACGCUCGUGAGCAUAUCGCGCAUCGCCAGCAGCAACGACGGGAAGAGAGAGCAAGGUCAAAAUCUCCAUCUUCAUCUCUUCAGACACUACCGAGGGACGAUAUGGCUUUAGUUACUCCCGAAGAGCCGGGAGACACGAGUGAGAAUGGAAAUGGCAGCGACAGUGGCAACGACGAUGAGAAGAGCGAUCGCAAGAUGUUCUCGAAACUGGAGAAGCCUCGCAUCCGAUAUGAUGUCGAAGUAAUCACGAAGCUAGUAGUCUAUGCUGGGAUCGCGUGGCUGGCUGUCGAAGGAAAUCCGAUGCUCUUUGCGAAAUUGGGCAUAUCUUAGACUUUCUGAUCGCAAAGCAUUACUCGGCGCCGGCGUUGGUCAUUUCGUUCGAGAACAACGGAUGGAGAUCAGUCCUCGCGCAAUGAUCGUUGUGCCAACUGCAGCAAGAUUAUGUCUUGAAUGCACAGCAUUGCUGCCAAGAAUUAUGCACGCCACGAUCCUUCGCCCAGCGCCCAGCAUUGCCUAGCCGCCAGCGUUUUGCACUUCAGCUUCCAUGUCAAAUCGUGCUCUGGAGCACUUUGCAUCAAUUGUGAUGGACUCCAGACCAGAAGUAGGUGACAGCAACACUUUUGCGAGAAACUCCGCAAGAGACCAAGCAAGGCAGCAUAACGGCAACAUUUUCAAUAGUGCGUGGGCCUAUCGCAUCUCCAGACAGUACAUUACUGAGCGGCUACAGAUUAUGAGAACUACUACAACAUUCGGCAACGGCGCUCUGACGAGACAUUGAGAGAAGACGGUCGGCAUGGAGCCCUGAUAAACGCCGCUUCUGAGGGCCAAACUCCUCGCGUGAAGCAUUUAUUGCACCUAGGCGCAGAGAUAGAUCACGCUGACGAAUAUGGUCUGACCGCCCUUCACCAUGCAGCCUUGAGUGGAUUUCACGACACUGUUUGCGCCAUCUUGGAAGCUGGCGCAGACGUGAACGCAGAAAGUCUGGAACGUGGCACGCCCCUACAUUUGGCUGCUCUCAAAGGCCGUUCUCACGUGGUCCGACUCCUCCUUGAGGCUAGAGCCGACGUAUCUCGCCAAGGUCGCAUGGUUGGCACGCCUCUGCACUGUGCUUGCUACGCAGGAGAGUUAGACAUUGUUGACGAUCUCAGCCAGGCCGGCGCGAAUGUCGUAGCUAUGGACAUUGUCCAGCCGUCUCUGCUGCAGUCCAUACGUACCAGAGGCACUUUUGUACCCAAUGAUAGACCUCCCUUGUCAAGACUCGGACCAGGAAGUGACCUGCUACAGUGUUGUCCAUGGCACAUGGCUUUGCUCGGAGACAGUGAUCGUGGUCUUCUAUCCUUGGCACUCAAACCUACGAAUUCAGAACAGCUACUUGGAGCUUGGAUAGUUAAUUUCGUACACCAGGAUAGCUCUGUCAUGGCCUCAAUACAGCGAAUAGAACGCUUCAAUGUUCUGCAAUACCUAGUGGAAGCGGAUAGACCGAGCACGUUACACAAUUUGCUGGUUGAUCGCUCCCUGGCGCUAACGGUGUACAAUGGCAUCUCCAUGGGAUACCAUGCAGUUGCGACGGGCGUUACACUUGAAAGAUAUGAUUGUGUCAGAAUGCUGUUGAGGUUUAGGGCACGGCUCGACAUAAGUGACGAUGACAUAAACACGUUGUCAAAGAUCGCCAACAGCCCAGAGAUGGGAGCAUUUCUCCUCGACCCAAGGACAUCAGCACCUGUGUACCCUAAAACUCACCGUGAAUACAUGUCUCUCAAAGUGCUG